AUGAUGAUCAGUACAGAUGGAAAAUUGGGCAGAGACAUGGGCUCAUUCCAGCCCUCUUCUGGAAGUACUGUACUCCAUGCGCCUGAAAUGCUCCUCGAUUUUGAACAGUGACUCAUACACGCAAGGUCUCAACACUUUCCAGGAAAUGCAGCAAGCGAGUAGGUUUAAUCAUUUGUAGAGAAUUUCAUCAUUUUUUUUAUAACUCUGCACUCGCCAAUCACAAAUACCUAUUUAGAGAGGAGUGGUUGAUAAAAGCAACCGCAGAGUCUUACCUUCACGCUUCUCCAGCUGGGGAUCAGAGGAAGAAAGGAACGGUUUCCCUGGAAAAGGAGGAUUCUGCGGAAACGGACAGGAGAUAAAGAAAACAUUCAGUUGCAGAUAUGUGGUGUUACUGCUUGCUGCUCUUGGCUGCGUUGAGCAUACCAUCUGGCACCUCCCGAAUGCGAGAAUGGGCACACCACGGGGCAUCCAUGUUUGCUGACCUCACUCCGAAGGAGAUGCUGGCCGUGCAGGACUACCUAUGGUCCUGCAAGGACCUAGGGCUCUCCUCCCCUCAAAGCCUAGAUCUGAAGAAAAACAGCAUCCUGCUGAUGGAGCUGCACCUGCCACGUAAACAUGAGGCCCUUCGAGCCCUGGAUCGGGGUCAAGCGAAGCCCCCACGUCAGGCCCGUGUUGUGGUGCAGUUUGGUAAUCAGGCUGAGCCCAACAUCACUGAGUAUAUUGUCGGGCCAUUGCCCUUUCCCAACUCACACCAGCCAAAGUCCUUCAAGGGCAACCGGCCCAUCAAGUUUGAGUCCCGGCCAAUGUCCUGGGUAGAGUACAAGCACCUGCACGCCAUCCUGGAGAAUAUCAGCGAGAAGGUACACAGGGUGUUGAUGGAGAGUACAGGCUUCACCUUCACAAACUGCACUGAUCGCUGCUUGACCUUCUCCGACAUUGCACCUCGUGGACUGGCCUCUGGAGAGCGGAGGACAUGGGUGAUGCUCCAGAAGAAUGUAGAAGGAUACUUCCUCCACCCAGUGGGAUUUGAAGUCCUCAUAAAUCACCGUGACCUGGACCCAAAGAAGUGGACAGUGGAGAAAGUGUGGUACAACGGGCAGUACUUUAAUAGUGUGGAGGAGCUGGUGGAACGCUACGACAAAGAUGAGCUUGUGAAGCUAAAGUUGCCGGAGCAUGAUGACCAGGACCUGUUCUCCACCUACAUCCCACGUGGCCAUAGCAAUACGCCCACGAACAUCCACGGGCCCAAACUGGUAGAGCCACAAGGGCACCGUUACCGACUGGACGGCAACUUUGUGCAAUACGCUGGCUGGUCCUUUGCCUACCGAGUACGCUCCUCAGCGGGCCUGCAAGUCUUCGAUCUUCGCUUCAACGGGGAAAGGAUUGCAUAUGAGGUCAGCCUUCAGGAAGCCAUUGCCUUCUACUCGGGGCACACACCUGCUGCCAUGCAGACCAAGUACAUUGAUGCUGGCUGGGCCAUGGGCACUCAGGACUAUGAGCUGGCUCCAGGGAUUGACUGCCCCGAGAUCGCCACCUUUAUCGAUCUUUACCAUUUCUAUGACACGGACAAGCCAGUGCGCUACAGGAACGCGCUCUGUAUUUUUGAGAUGACCAUGGCAAUGCCCUUGAGGCGUCACUUCAACAGCAACUUCAAUGGCAGUUACAACUUCUAUGGAGGCCUAGAGAACCACGUCCUGGUCAUCCGUACCACGUCCACCGUCUAUAACUAUGACUAUAUUUGGGAUUUCUACUUCUACCAGAAUGGGGUGAUGGAGUCGAGGGUCAGUGCCACUGGUUACAUCCAUGCUACCUUCUUUACACCAGAGGGGAUUCACUAUGGCAACAAGGUCUACAACCAUGUUUUGGGGAACUUACACACUCACCUUAUUCACUACAAGGUGGACCUGGAUAUUGCUGGGCGGGAGAACAGCUUUGAGACAAUGAGUCUGAAGUACGAGAACUUCACGAACCCGUGGAGCCCCGAUCACACCAUCCAGCAGUCACGACUGGUCCGCAGGCAACACACCAAUGAGCGCAGCGCAGCCUUCCGCUUUGGGAAAAAGUUCCCCCGCUACCUACACUUCUACAACCCCAAUCAGACCAACAAAUGGGGUCACCAGAAGGGGUACCGCAUCCAGUUCAACUCCCACGCCAACAGUGUACUGCCCCGUGGCUGGAUGGAAGAGAAUGGUGUCAGCUGGUCCAGGUACCCUCUGGCUGUUACAAGACACAAAGACAGCGAGGCCACCAGCACCACCAUCUACAUCCAGAAUGACCCCUGGGAACCAGUUGUCUCUUUCGAGGAUUUCAUACGCAACAAUGAGAAUAUUGAGAACCAGGACCUCGUCGCCUGGGUGACGGUGGGAUUCCUGCACGUCCCGCACUCAGAGGACAUCCCCAACACAGCCACUCCCGGCAACGCCGUGGGCUUCUUCCUGCGGCCUUUCAACUUCUUCGACGAGGACCCGUCGCUCACGUCACGGAGCACGGUGAUCGUGCGGCCAGGGAAGAAUGACAAGCCGGAGGUGCAGCGCUGGACGCCGGAGAUCAUAGGUCACUGUGUCUCAGACAAGCCAUUCUUCUACAAUGGCACCUAUUCCAGGAUAUAAGACACCCAGUUUCCCGGCCCUCUCCCUUCACCUCAGGGUGUGAAACGCACCAGCUGGGCACAAACAAGUGCUGUAGCAAACGAGACAAUUCCUGCAACUGCUCAGGACACAAAGGCUUCAGUGAACAUGAAACUCAGAUAAAAGAUACAGAAGAGUAAAUAGAAAGUUUGGGCACUAUGUGUUGUGAAAGUCAUACUGGGUGUUUUCUCUUUUUUGUGAUCUAAAAUUCACUUGCAGGCAACAGUCCCACAUGUUAGCGUCGCUCUUUCUCAUGCAUUUUAUUUAUGUAUACUGACAUGUCGAUGAGUUAUUUACAUAUUGCUCUCUGCAUCAGUAUUUGUAUAAUUAAAGUACUGCUG